AUGACUGCUUCGCAAUAUGGGGGAGCUUCACCCCUUCUUGACCCAGAUUUGACCGCACAUUUCAGUCAUGCUGAAACUCCAGACCCCAUUUACAAACGCCUCGAAACAUACUUCACACCUCCGAUUACUUACCCUAAGGACUGGCAGAUCUUGGCAUCCCAGCCGAUAGACAGCACUCUCAAACUAGAAGCCGAUGCCUGCGACCCAAUUACUGCCCGUUUGAUUGACAAGGAGGAUGUGGACCUGUACUGGAGUCUCUUCUUCCAAAUACGCAAGUCUUUCGUCGGCCUUCUAGACCCUUUACUCCACACCUCCGAAUACGUCUACUCAAUCUCGUUUACGCUGUUCUCAGUUGUUUGCGCGAUGGGAUGCGGCAUCUCAGGUCGAGCAAGAGACCGGAUUCUAUACCCGACAUUACUAUCGAUCGCCGAGGCCAACGUAAGAUGGUCCAUAGCCAUGCCCGUCAGAUCAGUGGAGCUGAUUCAAGCCAUCAUCAACUUGAAAUACUGGGUACCUCUUUGCGAAAGACAUGCGGAUGAUCCUUACUGGCUUCAAGUCAGUUAUAUCACACCAUUGGCAAGAGAGAUAGGCAUCAACUCCCCUGAUGCCGUUGCAAAGCUGGUGAACGCAGCCCAGCCAAACGCGACCAUUGAGUGA